AUGGGCUCGGUUUUCAUCUGUAUUCGGCUUGUGUUCGACACCAUCAAGACCGUCCCCAGCGAGAAAAACCCUGAACUCAGGAAUGAGACAUACAAACUCAUCCAGGAUGCAAUCGACAAACUGCUGAACCUAAUGCUGAUCCAACCUGAAGAAAAUCCUUUCCACUUCCCGCAAGCAAUUUUUACGAUCACACCUAACCAGAUUAAUGCCACUGUGGAGUACGUCUAUCAGAAAGGUGACAUCAAUGAGCCAAGCAAAUUCUUAACUGCAGUCCUGAACGCUAGCGGCCUGGCCACCACCACAGCCCCCACUACAACUGAACCUCUCACUACAACAGCUGUUCAGACAAGUGGAGAACCAACCACAACAACUGGCCCAAUUGCAGCCACAAUAACCCAAACAAUCUCUGGAAUGAUGACCCCCACUGCAUUUCAAACCAGCACAAGUCCACAUGGAACCAUGGGCUCGGUUUUCAUCUGUAUUCGGCUUGUGUUCGACACCAUCAAGACCGUCCCCAGCGAGAGUGAGAUUGUCACUAUGGCCCAAACUCUCUUGGAUGCUCGUCUAUGGCAGAUGAACGAUACAGUGAAAGCGCCGAGCAACAUGACGGACUUGAAUGAUCCAGUGAGAGUGCAGAAUAUUACUUAUCAGCCUGAACCUAAUGCUGAUCCAACCUGA